AGACUCAAGGGUUCUGUCCGUUGAUCCAAUUCCAACCUUUAAACCUUUGUUUUUCAUGAUUUCUACUCCGCACUGCACAGCGCUACACUGUAAACAUGAACAGUCUGUGGUUAGGAGUUGAGCUGCUGUUGUGUUGUGCAGCCAUAUGUGUAACCGGGGUGAGAAGGGAAUAUUUUAUCAGGAUUGAGGAAGUCUCCUGGAACUAUGCUCCAAGUGGGAGGAACGUCAUUCAGAAUCGCUCCCUGCAGGAGGAUGAAGAAGCAUCAGUCUUUCUAAAAAAAGGUCCCCAGCGAAUCGGUCCGACCUACAAGAAGGCUGUUUAUAAGCAGUACAGCGACGCCACCUACAGGACAGAAGUGACAAAACCUGAGUGGUUGGGUUAUCUCGGACCGUUGCUGAUGGCCGAGGAGGGAGACGUAGUGAUAAUCCUCCUAAGGAACGCAGCAUCCAGGCCUUACAGCAUCCAUGCACAUGGACUCAACUACACCAAGGGCAACGAAGGAGCUCUUUACCCAGACGGCACUGAUCAAACACAGAAACGGGAUGACUGGGUGGCCCCAGGUUCAACAGUGAAAUACGAGUGGACACUUCCAGGAUCCAAUAGUCCAACAUCUGAGGACAGUAACUGUAUGACCAGGUUUUACCACUCCCACGUCCGCCCACCAAAUGAUAUCAACUCAGGACUGAUAGGACCCCUUCUCAUCUGUAAAACAGGAACGCUGGACGUCCACGGUGACAGGUCUGCAGACUACACAUAUGCUCUGCUGUUCCUGGUGUCGGACGAGAAUCUCAGCUGGUACCUGGAUGACAAUAUCAGAACGUACAUCUCAAAUCCUGCUAGGAACCUGAAGGAGGAUGAAGAUUUUAUUGAGAGUAACAAGAUGCACGGAAUAAACGGCUUUCUUUAUGGUAACCUACCUGGACUGAGCAUGUGCCAAGGCAACAAGAUCCACUGGCACCUGAUUGGAUUAGGCAAUGAGGUGGACAUGCAUUCAGUUCACUUCCAUGGCCAGAUCCUGACCAGUCUGAAUCACCACACAGACAUCAUCAGCCUUUUCCCAGCCUCCAGCACUACAGCAGAGAUGGUGGCGGAUAAUCCCGGACACUGGCUGUUGACGUGCGAUGUCAAUGACCAUCUGAUGGCUGGAAUGCAGGCUUUGUUUGAGAUUAAGAAGUGUUUCCCCAAUGUUCACAAACCCCGUCCCUAUGGCGAGCUCAGACAGUUCUUCAUUGCUGCAGUGGAAGAAGUCUGGGAUUAUUCUCCCACGUUGCCGAGUGACAGGUUUGUUAGAUCAGAAUCACAGAUUCAAACACAGAUUAUGCUAAUCUCUAAGCUAUUCUGCUGCUCUCUGCGCAGUGAGGCUGAAGCGUUUGUAUCCAGAGGUCCAAAACGCAUCGGAAGUCGUUAUAAGAAAGUGCGAUAUGUGGAAUACACCGACAACACCUUUGCAACAAAGAUGCUGCGUAGCCCAGAGGAGAAACACCUUGGAAUUCUGGGCCCGGUGGUGCGAGCCGAGGAGAAGGACACCAUCAGGGUGGUGUUUAAGAACCUUGCCAGCCGGCCCUACUCCAUUCAGCCACAUGGAGUCCAGUACACUAUAGAACAGGAUGGGACUCUUUACUAUAAUGAACUGGAAGAAUCGCACACAGCAAAGAAAAUACGAGAGCUGAAGAAGGAGACAAGAGUGGUGACUCCUCCCCCAGCUGCUCUGGUCAGACCUGGAGCUGUGUAUACCUACGAGUGGUCGGUACCAGUGGGUGCCGGUCCGGUCCAAGGGGAGCCUGACUGUCUCAGCUAUCUCUACUACUCUGGGGUGGACCCUGUGAAGGACACAAACUCUGGGCUGGUUGGACCUCUCCUCGUUUGUCGACCUGGAUCUUUAAAAAAAGGAUUUCAGAGAAACUAUAAUAAAGAGCUUCACCUCAUGGCUACGGUGUUUGAUGAGAAUCUCAGCUGGUAUCUUGAUGAGAACAUCUUGACUUUUGCUACUGCUCCCAACACAGUCAACAAAGAGGACGAAGACUUCAUGGACAGCAACAAAAUGCACGCUAUCAACGGGUAUGUGUACAGGAACCUUCCUGGUCUGUACAUGUGUAAGGGGGAUAAAGUCUCAUGGCACCUGUCGGCUCUGGGCACAGAGACGGACAUCAUCAGUCUUUACUUCCAGGGCAACCGGUUCCUCUACCGCCAGAACAGAAGAGACACCAUCAACGUUUUUCCUCACAUCUCCCACACUGUUACGAUGGAACCGGACAGCAUGGGUCAAUUUGAAGUGGUUUCUGCUACAGUGGACCAUUACCGAGGUGGGAUGCGAGCCAACUACACUGUAGAAAAGUGUGGCCUUUUUCAGCGACAGGGUGAGGUGAUGCUCCAUUCAAAGACUUUCUACAUUGCUGCCAUGGAAAUAGACUGGGACUAUUCUCCUAAUCGCACCUGGGAGGCAGAGAUGUUCAGAAACAUUGGACAGAAUCCUGCUGGCACCUUUUUGGACAAGCGAGAUGGAUUUAUAGGCUCUCAGUACAAGAAGGUUGUUUACCGAGAGUUCACCAACAACAAAUUUACCACACAGGUUGAAAGAACACCUGACAUGGAACACCUGGGCGUUAUGGGUCCAAUGAUUCAUGCUGAGGUGGGAGACAAAGUUAAGGUGGUUUUUAAGAAUAUGGCGUCCAGACCUUAUUCCAUCCACGCCCACGGAGUAAAAACAGAAACUCCUGAUGUCCACCAGACGCAACCUGGUGAAACUCAUACAUACACCUGGUACGUCAACAAGAACACAGGCCCGACCGCAGAGCAGGAGGAGUGCUCUGUUUCAGCGUAUUACUCCACAGUAGAUAUCGUAAAGGACCUUUACAGCGGGCUGACCGGUCCUUUAGUGAUCUGCCGUCGUAGCUGGGCCAGGAGAUUAGGACUAAAGAAGGAAGUAGAAGAGUUUGCACUGCUUUUCCUGGUUUAUGAUGAGAAUGAAAGCUGGUAUUUUGAUGAGAACAUCAGGAGGAACAUCAGGAACCCUCCGCCAAACUUAAAGGAUGAUGAAGAAUUUAUUGAGAGCAAUAAAAUGCACGCAAUAAAUGGUUUUGUGUUUGCCAACUUGAAUGGUCUGAACAUGGAGGUGGGCGAUAAAGUGUACUGGUACCUGAUGGCAAUGGGCAACGAAGUAGACAUACACACUGUUCACUGGCAUGGUCAUAGUGUGGAGUAUAAGCUAGGUGGAGGUCCCCACCGCGUCGACUCAUACGAGCUGUUUCCAGCCACCUUCCAGACGGUAAAGAUGCGUCCUCAGUUUCCUGGUUCCUGGCUGCUCCACUGUCACGUCUCUGAUCACAUCUCAGCUGGAAUGGAGGCCAUAUACACCGUCACCGACAAGUCAAAGAAACGUUGAUUGAGGGGCUGAACUGAUGAAGAAGUCAAUCGAAACAGAAACAAACAAGUUAAAUUUAGAUUUAUCUGCCUGAUUUCAUGAUUUUUUUGUACAAACCGAUCCAGCGUAAACAACUUCUAACAGCAGCUGGACACAAAUUACGUAACCAUUUUAAAUUAAAAAAUGCGUCCUAGGCAUGUGCUUUAACAUUUUUGACAAACUGCCAGACUGUUGUGAAAAAGCAUCAAUAAAACUUCAUUAUUUAACACAUUUUAUUAGCUUCAUUGGUGAUUUUUUUGUUGACUCAAUAAUAACAAGAGACUACACAAAAAGCGGAGGACAUUUUGGCAACAACUGGGUGUAACUUCUAGAAAUUAUGUUUCAGCAAAGAUUUGAAAAUAAUUCAAAUUUGAAAGUAAAUGAAGGAAUGAGGAGCUGCACAGUGGAAUAGUGUUUAGCUCUGUCACCUUGCAGUAAGGAGGUCUUGUGUUCGAAUCCCAGCCUGGGGUCUCUCUGGGUACCCUGUUUUUCUCCCACAAUCCAAAAAUAUAACUGUCAGGUUGAUUGGUCUCUGAAUUGACCUUUGGUGUGAGUGUGUGAGUGUGUUUGUGUGUGUGUGUGUGUGUGUGUGUGUGUGUGUGUGUGUGUGUGUGUGUGUGUGUGUGUGUGUGUGUGUGUGUGUGUGCAUGGUUGUACAAUGGACUGGUAACCUGUCCAGGGUGUACCCCGCCUGCUUGCCUGACGACUGCUAGAGAUGGGCACCAGCCCCCCCACGACCCUGCUUGGAUAAAUGAUGAUGGAUGAAGGGAUGAGUUUGUUGUCUCUUUAUUGUGAAAUGUUAUAACAAACUAUGUGCAAACAGAAUUGUUGAAAUAAAUGGACUUUAGCAUCA